CCGCGUUCCCGCAUCCGCCGCGGCCGCUCCCGGUGCCGGCCCGAGCGGAGCCCGGUCCCGACCUGCGGAGCGCUGAAAGAGCGGGAGGCUGUCGUUUCUCUUGAGAGAACGGCGCUCCGCUCCGUGUGUGCGGCCGGAGCGGGCGGCUGCAAGCCGGGGAACAAAGAGGAGCGGAGGGGCCCGGGUCUGCUCGGAUGGGACGUUGGGGGGUUGCCCGCAGGGUGCGGGGAUCGCUCCAUCCCCGCCCUCCCGCCUCGAGACUCAGCAGGACUUUUCCUGCCGCUCCCCGCAGUUACCUGGAUGGGGCGGGGGAUCUGCCGGCUGCUCUCCCUGGUUGUUCUAUAGUGUUGUGACAUUUAAAAAAAAAAUCUGGUCAGAAGGCAAUGUUAAGUAUCUGUUAGUGGGCUGCCUGUCAACCAUAAGAGCAAGGCAUGUCCCAAAAAUGUAAUUAUCUCAAAAUUCAGCAUUACAAACCACGGACACGCAGAGAAAAUGCUGCGCUUAACGCAUGUCUGUCUCUGCUUAGAGACCAGAAAGGGCAGCUCCUGUGCUUCAGCAGCCCCAGGAGGAGCAGGGCUUCGGGCUGUCUUCAUUAGGAAAUCUGUCUGGGAUCAAAAAGGUGAAAAUAGUGAAAUCCAGAAGUAGUAAGUGGAGAGGUUUUUUUGCUGGACAUAAAUUAAGGCUGUUCAUCUGCUGCAGCUUCAUUUUUUCCUAAGCCUGUUUGGACUUUUAAAGUGUAUCCUCAGCACUGAGCAUCCUACACACAAAGCAGUCAAAUCCCGAUGGUACCAACGGUACUUCAAGCCAGGAAAGCUGCUGAGCUGAACGUAGCCCUGCACUCAGUCCUGAUACAUUUUUGGGCCCAGCACGGUGCUGCACCACUGCAUCCUAAUGCAGCACCAUUCCCAUCGCUGUGGGGGUUUGUGGGGAUGCAGGGCUGGGCAGCAGCCGGGAGCUGCUGGAACGCAUCGCUCUGUGAGGCCUCUGUGCUCCAGGAUCGCUGGCGUGGUUGGCACAAGCAGCUCCAGGAGCUCAUGUCCCAGUAGCUGCGAGGCAAUGGGACAGGUAAUAUCACUGAGCCUCAUCCUACUUCCUGAGAGAAAAGGAUGCCUCCCAUCACUCUGACUGGCUCGUGUUCUGUUUCUGUGUUCUCUCUCUUUGGGGAGCUCUGGAACUGGGCUCUGCAGCAGCUGCCAUGCUCGCUGGAGACACUGGGGAGCCUUAGGGCAAAAAGGGGAGUGUGUUCAUGUUGCAGAUCUCUGGGCUUUUGUCCAAAGAGGUGAAGCAAAGAGGUUCGAAUGCCUGUCCUGCCUAUACCUGGCUCCCUCCUGCUGUGCUGUUUGCUCAGGUAACUCAGGGCUUUUCUCAGAGCACUCUUACUCAUCCUUCCUUCACCCAUAUGUCCUCUGUCGCAAGGAGCAGCGGCUGUUGGGAGAGCGUGGGGCUCUCAGGGUAAGGGAAGAGCUUCCUUGUGGAUGUUUAUUGGUACAGUGACACAUUGAGUCUGGGGGAACAUCCAAGCACACACAUUUCAGUUACUGAGUACUGCUUGUCAGUGUGAGAGCUUCACCUUUGAUACGAGCCACCCUGUGCUGAGCAGAUUGUGUCUGGCAUGGCAGGAGGCUCAGUGAGAGCUGUGAAACACCUGCACCACAAACUGAAGGUGUGGAUUUGUUAUUGGUAGGAGUAAGGCAUGUAGGAGGCCACCAGGAGAUUUUUAACCAUUGGGAGUAACAUAAAGGGAGAUGCUUUUUGAUUUAGUACCCCUCCAAAUGAAAUGGCAUACAUUCCAGUAUGUCCCAGUACAGCUCAGUAUGUUGAAGCUCAUUGGACCUUGUUGUACUAUGGGAAAUGAGACAGAAAUGAGACAGCUCUGCUCAAGUUCCCCACCUCAUUUCCUAAGUCUUGAAUUGACAAAAAGCUGUGAUGGUGGGGGAGAUACAAAUCACCCCCCAGGCAGCACUCACCACCAGCUGGAAUCCCACUUCUCACAGUCCCACUGCUUCACCACCAUCUCUUCUACCAUCGGCAGUGCGAAGGAUAAAGGAGCUUUGGUGGGAUGGUGUAUCCUGGCCAUGCCUACAGUGCAGAGCUCUGUGUGAUGCUGUCCUGGGAGCCCCGGGACUCAGCCGGAGGAAAUGCUGUACAGAAAUCCUCCUUAUUGGGAUAAGAGACUGUUGUUCUGCAUGAUAUUUUGGUUACAAGGAAUUUCUAGAUGUUCACAGUUAAUUUCUUACCUAUUUGAAAGAAAAUAAAAAGGUUGUUGGGUAUUUUUUGUGUGUGUGUGUUUUCAAGAAAUAAAAAUUAUGCAUUAUUCCACGUGGCUGCAUGAGACUGAAUGCAAACAUACACAACUUCAGGAAUACGUUUUUAAUGCCAAGCACUGCUGGCUGCCUGAAAGGUGACUGUGGGGAAGGAUUGUGGCAGAAGGUUGGAGCUUGAUAAUCCUUGCAUCCUUCUAACCCAAGCCAUUCUAUGAUUCUUCUACACUUUCUUCACUGUAAUCUCUCCUGAAAAGCAGUUUUUUGCUGUGCUCCCUGGUAGCACUGCAGGCAUCUUCACCCUGACAGUGGCAGAAGUCUGAAUUGUUAAAGAUAUUUUCAGCUGUUCCCUAAUGAGUCCCUCUUUCUUUGUUGCACUUUAAUGAGCUCCAGGUUUAUUUUCCUCCCCCUCUUUUCUCUCCUGGUGCUUCUAAUUUCAGAUAAACAUUUAACAUUAGAAGCGGCUCAGGAUACGUAACAUGACUCUUAACCUCUGUGCAACUUUCUGACUCUGACUUGCCAUUAAAAGCUUGAUCCAUCUCUAUUCCUGCAAUGUGAAGAUUUUCAGCUGAAAUUACAUCCAUGGUUUUUUUCUUUUUUAACAGGAGCAACUUUUCUGUACGGGUUGUGUCACUUUCAGAUGCAAAAUAGGAAACAGCUGCCGUUUUCAGACAUCAAAUAAGAGCCACCCUGCAUUCACAAACUAUUUUCAGGCUCUGUGAAAACCAAAAUGUAUCUUUUAAAACUUAAUGGUUGCUCUAUCUCAGCAGCUGUCAUUAACACAGCCAUUUUAAUUGUUUCUUCAUACCUUCUGCAAAGAUAUUCACCAAUGGAAGGGCAGGGUGCCCUGAUCUGUGUUUGAUACUUGGAUUGCUCCCUUAUCAUAGAGGCACGUUGUGCUAUCUGUUGCCCCAUUUGUAGGCAUGGUGUGACAAUGGGCCUUCCCAACAGGACGGAAAGAACAAAAAAUCACGAAUUAAAGACAUUUUUGAGUAUUAGUUUAAACAUUAUGUUGUACGCUGCAACAUCCUGAACUGCUGUCAGUCUAUGGAGCAGUCCUGGUGCUGGAUGUGGGGAGCUGUGCUCAGCAGCCACAGGACACCUGCAUCAUUCACUUCCCACUGUCUCAUUUCUUCUUUGCUGCGCUUAAGAAGAGGAGCGUUAUCUUUAACAGCCCUUCCUUAAAAGGGCCGCCUUCUUUUAUAAACCAGGCAGAACAGAGCUGGAUGGAGACAGCGGGAAAAAGCUUCAGCUAAAGCAAUUCCAGCGGCUGACCCUAGCCAAGAUAGGAGCAACCGAAGCACCGUGCGGAGCCGACAUCGGGAGCGCGUUCAGCACACGGAGGCGGUGCUGGGAGCGCAGGGAAGCUCUGAGGACACACGCAGUGACGGAUCCCGGCUCGCUCCGCUCCUCCCGUCACACAUCUCACCGAACGGCCGAGCUCGCAGCGCUGCCGGCAGAGCAGAGAUCCUCGAGGAGGUGUGCAGGAAGCAGGGCGGCAGUCCCGCCGAGUACGGCCUGAAGUUUCAGAGAAGUGUGUUGGAUCUCACUUUACAGUGGAGAUUUGCCAGACUGCCCAACAAUGCCAAGCUGGAGAUGGUGCCAGUCUCUUGUAAUAGAGCGGGAAUUGGAAACACGGUUCGGAUUGCACUGCAGUUAGAUGAUGGCUCCCGUUUGCAAGAUACCUUUCUCUGUCAGCAGACCUUGUGGGAACUUCUGAACCAUUUUGCAAAGACCAGGGAGUUUCUGGAACAGCAUGGUGAAUUCUGCCCGGUCUGUAUUUACAUGCGAGAUGAGAUCUCAGGAAAAGAUGCACUGGAGAAGACAACACUGAAGUCACUUGGCCUGACAGGAGGCAGUGCUAUUGUCAGGGUUGUCAUGAAGAAAUGCAGUUUGUCUGGUCAGGAGGAAGCAGCGGAUGCCACAGCACAGUGUGAUGAGCCAGUAGUAAGGCCCAGCUCUACUGAAGGAGCAGUGGAUGUGCCCCUACCUCAGACACAGACAUUCCCUGCAGUCUUGGAUCACAGGGAUGAGGCCUUGUCUUUAAACAACUGCACGGACGAGCAAGACUCUGUUAGAGAAUCCAAUGCCAGCUUGGAGGAGCCGUGUCCUCCCUCAGAGUCCAAGUCUACCCCAUUUGUCCCUUUUUUUGGAGGUGGGCAACGUCUGGGGGACUCUUCUGUGUCUGCACCACCUCUCGAGUUAGAUAUGCCAUCUUCAGAGCUGCCAACGACUUUCUCUAGCCCUGGAGGCCCUUCUAAGCCAAAGAAGUCUAAGAACAGCCAAGAACUGCAGAAGGAACAAGAGCAGCUUGUAGAACGAGAGCCACUUCUGUGUCACCCAGACCUGCUGGAUCCACUUCCUGCUGACCUGGAGGACCUUCCUGAUGACUUUUUUGAAGUCACGGUGGACGAUGUACGGAAACGUUUGGCACAGCUGCAGAGUGAGAGGAAACGCCUGGAAGAAGCUCCACUGCUGACCAAAUCUUUAAGGGAGGCUCAGCUGAAAGAAAAGCUGGAACGUUACCCAAAGGUGGUGCUGAGAGUCCAUUUCCCUGACCGCCAUAUCCUGCAGGGGUUCUUCCGACCUACUGAAACUGUUGGCAUUGUGAGAGAUUUUGUAAGAAGCCACCUUGCAGAUCCAGAUUUACCAUUUUACUUGUUUAUUGCACCUCCCAGAGUCAUCUUGAACGAUGAAAGUUUGAAGCUCUCUGAGGCUAAACUCUUUCCAGCUGCUGUCAUUCAUUUUGGAUCUGAGGAGCGCAGGGAUUGUUACCUGAAAUCGGACCUGCUGAGCUCUGCAGUUUCCCCUUCUGCAGCUGAUUUAUUGAUGGCCAGAUGUUUGUCCAAACCAUUAGCUCCUUCUGCCUCGUCAUCCUCAGAAUCAAUAGUUCCAUCCCUACCUGAACCAGAAGUGGGCAGUGACAAAAAGACUGAACGACCAGAACCAGCAAGAGUGCAUGAAGCUCCACAGGUGCUGAGAAGGGCCCCUGGGAAAAUACCCAAGUGGCUGAAGCUACCAGGUGGGAAGAGAUGAAGCAUCCUGAGCUGCAGUGAGCAUCCAGUUGUGCCUCUUUCCUGAUGAACUACUUCAGAAUUUGUAAGAAAUUGUUGGUGGCCCUGGAGAGAUCUAAAUACAUAUGAACAUUAAUUACAUACAGAAAAUUGCUAUUACUUUCAGCUGCCAGCUUCACCUUUUGGAAGUGUGCAAGGCCUGUUUAUGACUACAGAAGCAAGAUUAGAGGUUAAAUUUAACAUUUCCUGCAUGCAAAUAAUAUGAAUAGAGAAUGGAAGGGAAAAUAAUUCCUAGAUAAUGUCUGUGAAGGACUGUGAUUUCAUCCAUAUUUUUAAAUUCAAAUCCUCCUAUCUUUUGCCUUUCUAUCCUCAAAGAUAACUUGAGUCUGGCUGCUUGAACUCUAGCAGCAAGGUGCAAUUCAGUUUUACCUAUAGUUUAGUGCUGAGUAGAACAAGACCUCUGCUUUUUGCUGGUAAUUCUGGGCGUAGAUGGCUAGAAAGUGGGUUUAAGGGAAGCACAUCACUUACAACAGUUCCGAUUGCCUUUUCUUAUGAAACUCGUGGUCUACUGCACUUACACUGUUUUCAUUUGCCCCAGAACACAGAUAUCUGCUAAUGGAAUUUUCUCUGCCCAUAAUUUAUGUCAGUAACUAUGGGUAUAAUGCAGGGAAAAAAAACUCCCAUAAGAAUCUCUUCAUGUCACCAUCAAUCUGCAAACGUCUUCUGUGGUCUGAGAGUUCCCACAGCAGAGUCAGCUGUCCUCUGCGUGCAGUUGGUGUGCAGAGGGAAGUGCUGGUCCUGAAUUUGCCUCCUGCAGAUGCUGCAGUGGGAUGAGUGUUCAGAGCUGUGCUUACACUGGAGAUCACAGUGCCACAGCAGCCAUGGUGCUUUAUUUUAUUUUUAUUUUUAUUUUGAAUCUUCUUCAUGGAUCAGUGAUUUGUACUGGGCAAGCUGGGGUUCCAUGUUAUGGUAAUAGCAUAUUUUCCAUUUUCCCUGUACAGACAAUUGUUCUCUAAGCUAUGUCUGCAUCUGCACAAUUCUGAGAUGUAAUAAAGCACAGUGGCCAGA